CAGAUUAAUGGCUUCAGCUCCCUCCAAGCUCUACACAGAUGAUGUUAGCCUGGUAGUGGUGUUACUCGACACUAAUCCUUUCUUCUGGAACUCUUCUUAUUUCUCCUUCACUCAGUUCCUCUCUCAUGUGCUUGCGUUUUUGAAUGCCAUAUUGACUCUCAAUCAACUCAACCAAGUUGUCGUUAUUGCUACGGGCUAUAAUACAUGUGACUACAUAUAUGAUUCGUCUUUAACGAGCAAUCAGAGCUUUGGAAAUAGUAGAAUGCGUGCAUUAUGUGGGAUUUUGUUGCAAAAUUUGGAGGAGUUUUUGAUUAAAGAUGAGAAUCUUGGUAAACAAGAGACGGACGGAAGGAUUUCUUAUUCCCUGUUGUCCGGCUCAUUAUCAAUGGCUCUUUGUUACAUACAGAGGGUUUUCCGCUCGGGAUCACUCCAUCCACAACCUCGAAUUUUAUGCUUGCAGGGAUCUCCAGAUGGACCUGAACAAUAUGUUGCAAUCAUGAAUGCAAUAUUCUCUGCCCAACGCUCUAUGGUUCCAAUAGAUUCUUGCUAUAUUGGGGUUCAAAAUUCUGCCUUCCUGCAGCAGGCUUCUUACAUAACUGGCGGUGUACAUCAUAAGCCUCAGCAAUUGGAUGGGCUCUUUCAAUAUCUCAUGACCAUUUUUGGAACUGAUUUACAUUCUCGCAAUUCCUUACAACUUCCUAAGCCUGUUGGCGUUGAUUUUCGUGCCUCGUGUUUUUGUCAUAAAAAUACAAUUGACAUGGGCUACAUAUGUUCUGUGUGUUUGUCCAUAUUUUGUAAGCAUCACAAGAAAUGUUCAACAUGCGGGUCUGUAUUUGGUCAGGCCCAAUCAGAUGAUGCCUCUGCAGAAAAUCGGAAGAGAAAGGCUCCAGAUUCAUAAUGUUAUAGUCUUUGAAAGGUAAAGCAGAUCAAGCUGUUAUCACCAGAAAAGCCACACAGUCCUCUUUCGGUCUUUCCUGAGCUAUCAUGUGAUUAUUUCUCUUUUCCCAGAGCUUGCAUGGAGAGACAUCAAUAGGGGAACAGAAGUUGUCAACAAUGGGUGCAAUCAGCACAAGAAGAUUCCGAUUUAAUGAAAUCUUGUGCCGACUAUUGAACAUUUUUGAGUAUGGGUGGUGUCUUGUUUCCUUUCUAUUUAUUGCCCCGCCAAACAGUUGAAGCUAAUUUAUACAA